CUAUUAGGUAGUUGGGAGAAUUAUUCGACGUUAACAGACCCGGGGAUUCGCAUGACUGUAUUUUCUUGUUAGCCAGCUAACUUUAGCUAGGCAGUUAAUCUUACCUUGUUUUUUAGAUUUAGGUAGCGGCAGGGGAAGAGUCUGAGUGCCAACGGGUUCCGUGGACGUACUUUGUGUUAGCCUUAACAUUUCUGUGCGAUGACUUUGAGGAUAUUAGCCCCUAACAGCUAACUUAACUUUAGCGAGCAAGCUAGCGUGACAUAACUUGUCCACAGCAUAACUUAGCCACUGUGUGGGCCAUUUUUUACAAAGCUUGUGAUUGAGGAUAACACUUGCUAGCUGGGGAAACGGCUAGGUGAGCUGUUAUUAUAACGUUAGUUAGCUUUUACAUAGCACAACAACGUGUGCCGGGAGUAGAACAGAGUAAAACUAACGCUAGCUAGUGACCCUAGCUACGUUUUGAAAUCUGUAAUAUGAAGAAAACCGUUUCUGACACAUUAGGAUUUGUCCCGCAAAAAGACAUCGUUUACAACAAACUUCUGCCGUACGCAGAUAGACUAGACGAGGAAUCCAAUGAUAUUUUGUGCAAAAUAAAGGGGAACUUAGGCCGAGCAGUCCAGCUCAAAGAGAUAUGGCCCGGUGUGCUGUUUUGGACCAGGAAACUUUCCACGUACAUGCGCCUGUACGGUCGGAAAUUCAGCAAAGAGGACCAUGUGCUGUUCAUCAAGUUGCUCUAUGAGCUAGUGACAAUCCCCAAACUGGAGAUCAGCAUGAUGCAGGGGCUUGCUCGCCUCCUUAUCAACCUCCUCAAGAAAAGAGAACUGCUCUCAAGAGAGGACCUGGAGCUGCCUUGGAGACCCCUGUACGAGCUGCAGGACAGGAUUCUUUACUCAAAGACGGAGCAUCUGGGUCUCAACUGGUUCCCCAACUCAGUAGAAAGUGUGUUGAAAACACUUGUGAAGAGCUGCAGACCGUAUUUUCCGGAGUCUGCUACUCAGGAGAUGCUGGAGGAGUGGCGACCACUACUCUGCCCAUUUGAUGUCACCAUGCAAAGAGCAAUCAGCUACUUUGAGCUGUUUCUCCCCACUACCUUGCCCCCUGAGCUGCACCACAAAGGGUUCAAGUUGUGGUUUGAUGAGUUAAUCAGCCUGUGGGUAUCUGUACAGAACCUCCCAAGCUGGGAAGUGCAUCUGGUCAACCUCUUUGCUCGCUUGGCCAAUGACAACAUUGGCUACGUUGACUGGGACCCAUAUAUUCCCAAGAUUUUCACCAGAAUCUUGAGGAGUUUGAAUCUACCAGUGGGAACUAGUCAGAUGUUUGUCCCACGAUAUGUCACCAAUGCCUAUGACAUCAGCCAUGUGGUCCUCUGGGUCUCAUCCUUGUUGGGAGGACCCAGCAAACAAGCUCAAGCACAGCUCAGUGGCCUUUUCAACAGUAUUACAUCCUUCUUCCACCCAUCCAACCAUGGCCGCUGGUUGAUGAAGCUGAUGAAGCUGGUGCAGCGUCUCCCAGCCAGUGUGGUACGACGACUACAUCGAGAGCGCUACAGGAAGCCCACAUGGCUAACACCGAUACCUGACAGCCACAAGCUCACAGAGCAAGAUGUCACAGACUUUGUGCAGAGUAUGAUGCAGCCGGUUCUGUUAGCCAUGUUCAGCAAGACCGGGAGUCUGGAUGCAGCCCAGGCCCUACAAAAUUUAGCACUAAUGAGGCCUGAGCUAGUCAUUCCCCCUGUGCUUGAGAAGACAUACCCUGCUAUGGAGACUCUAACAGAGCCCCAUCAGCUGACAGCCACUCUCAGCUGCAUGAUUGGUGUGGCACGAAGCCUGGUGUCAGGAGGACCACACUUCCCUGAGGGCCCCACUCACAUGCUGCCCUUGCUCAUGAGGGCAUUGCCAGGCGUCGACCCCAAUGACUUCAGCAAGUGCAUGAUUACAUUCCAGUUUAUUGCAACAUUUGUGACUCUUGUGCCUUUGGUGGACUGUUCAUCUGCCCUACAUGAAAAAAUUGACUUGACAGAGGUGGAGAGAGAGAUGUGCUCAGCUUCAGCAGAGUUUGAAGACUUUGUCCUUCAGUUCAUGGACAGGUGUUUUGCCCUGAUAGACAGCAGUACCCUGGAGCAGACUCGAGAGGAGACAGAGACAGAGAAAAUGACACAUUUGGAGAGUCUGGUGGAACUAGGCCUGUCUUCCACCUUUAGCACCAUCCUCACACAGUGCUCCUUGGACAUCUUCAAGGUGGCUCUGGACAAGGUUUUCAACUUUGCCACUACCAACAUCUUUGAGACCCGUGUAGCUGGCAGAAUGGUAGCGGACAUGUGCAGAGCUGCUGCAAAGUGUCACCCUGCAGAGUCACUCAAGUUGUUCGUGCCACACUGCUGUAAUGCCAUAAACCAAAUUGCUGUCAAUGAGGAAGUGUUGAAUGAGGAGGAGCUUGACAAGGAGUUGUUAUGGAAUCUCCAACUACUGUCAGAGGUUACUCGGGUGGAUGGUGACAAGAUCCUGCCCUAUCGCUCUCAGCUUGUCCAGAUCUUGCAGCUUACCCUCCACCUAAAGUGUAAGCAGGGAUACACUCUUGCUUGCAACUUGCUGCAUCAUAUCCUUCGUUCCUCCACCCUCAUCUACCCCACAGAGUACUGCAGUGUACCAGGAGGCUUCCAGCAGCCCAACGGUGACUACCUACCCAUCAAGGACUGGGGCCGACCUGGGGACCUGUGGAACCUGGAUAUACAGUGGCAUGUGCCCUGUGUGGAAGAGAUCUCAUUUGCUUUCUAUGUGUUGGACCUGAUCCUCCAGCCAGAACUCCAGCGCCUUCAGAGAUAUGCACAAGGGGAACAGGACAUGAGCAGAGAUGAUGUCCUACAGAGCCUGGCCAUUGUUCAGCACUGCCUCCUAGGUGCUGGGAGUCUGAUGCCUCCCCUGAAAGGAGAGCCCAUCCCUGAACUGGUUCAUACAAUGGUGAAUCUAGAUGAGACCAACCUCUAUACAGGAAUGGAGUAUGAUCAGUCCAGAGAGAAUUACAGAGACGCUAUCUGUAGUGUGAUGAGACAGCUGCUGCAUUACAUUCUGGAGCAUUCUGAAGAUGACACCAAGUCUCUCUUCUCCAUUAUUAAGAUUAUCAGUGACCUGUUGCACUUCAAAGGUUCUCACAAGCACGAGUUUGACUCCCGCUGGAAGAGCUUCAACCUUGUGAAGAAAUCUAUGGAGAACAGACUUCAUGGCAGAAAGCAGCACAUCAGAGCCCUGCUUAUAGACAGAGUCAUGCUCCAACAUGAGCUGCGUAAACUGACAGUGGAAGGAUGUCAAUACAGGAGCAUUCACCAGGAGCUUAUGAGAGACCUGUUAAGGCUUUCCACAAGCACAUACAGUCAAGUACGCAGCAGAGCUCAAAAUGUGUUGUUCACUGCCCUGGGAACCUACAACUUCUGCUGCAGAGACCUGAUCCCCCAUGUCCUGGAGUUUCUCAAUCCGGACCACAGUAACAUCACACAGCAGCAGUUCAAAGGUGCCUUGUACUGUCUUCUGGGAAAUCACAGUGGAGUGUGCCUGGCCAACUUGCACGACUGGGAGUGUAUUUCUCUGACAUGGCCUGCCAUUGUACGCUCUGGUCUCAGCUCGGCCAUGUCCUUGGAAAAACCGUCCAUCGUACGUCUCUUUGACGACCUUGCAGACAAAAUCCACCGGCAAUAUGAAACAAUUGGCAUCGACUUUUCCAUCCCUGAAGAGUGCUGCACUGUGGCUCAGAAACUUAUGAUCACUGGAAAUCCUUUGUCUGAAGAGUCUGUUCCCACAGAGGAAGACAUAGCAGAGGGUAUAAGGAGGCAGGAGCUUAAAAACUCUGAGUCUGUAGAGAAAUACCAAAAGCUGGUUGGCGAUCUCCUGGACUGCCUCAGCAACAGGAACAUGCCUUGGAAGUUUGAACACAUUGCAAUUGGCUUCCUGUCACUGCUACUGAGAGACGACCACCAGCUCCCAGCACCAGCUGUUCUGUUCUUUGUGAAAAGCCUCAACCAUGACUCCCUCUUGGUCCGCAAGGUGGCAAUAUCAGCCGUGGCAGGGAUCAUGAAGCAACUGAAGCGACCACAUAAAAAAGUGCCAGUCAGCCCCUCUGAGCUCUCUGUUCACGUCCCUCUGAAAGGUGGUGAGAAGGAGCCAGGUGGCUCCUUGAUGAUGAUAGCUGGGGACCGGCCAGACAACCAGUGGCUCCAGUAUCACAGUAGCAGCUUGCCGCGUUCACAGCAGGAAUGGGAUAACUGUGUGUUUGUGGAAAAGACCCACUGGGGAUAUUGCAGUUGGCCAAGAAAGUUGAUGAUGUAUGCACCACCUGAGGAGCAGCCCAAACAGAACCUGACCAGAGAGGAAAUGACAGAGCGGGAGCAGAUCAUCUAUGACCAUUUCUCAGACCCAGUAUUCAUCAACCAGCUCAUUGAGUUUCUCUCUCUUGAGGAUCGUAAAGGGAAGGACAAGUUCAGCCCUCGACGAUUCUGUCUUUUCAAGGGAUUGUUCCGCAACUUCAAUGAUGCCUUUCUGCCUCUGCUCCAGCCACAUAUGGAGCGUCUAGUGGCCGACUCCCAUGAAAGCAAGCAGCGUUGCGUGGCUGAAAUAAUCUCUGGCCUCAUUAGAGGCUGCAAACAUUGGAGCUACACCAAGGUUGAGAAUCUUUGGAAGCUGCUGUGUCCAUUGCUGCGUACUGCCCUGUCCAACAUCACAAUAGAAACCUAUGCAGAUUGGGGCACCUGCAUCGCCACAGCAUGUGAGAGUAGAGACCCACGCAAGCUGCACUGGCUGUUUGAAAUGCUAAUGGAAUCGCCAGUCAACGGGGAGGGGGGCUCUUUCGUCGAUGCCUGUCGUCUCUAUGUGCUACAGGGAGGCCUUGCUCAGCAAGAGUGGCGCGUUCCAGAGCUGCUACACCGGCUACUGCAAUACCUAGAGCCCAAACUCACACAGGUCUACAAGAAUGUACGAGAACGUAUUGGCAGCGUGCUCACAUACAUCUUCAUGAUUGAUGUCAACUUGCCAUACACUCAGCCAACCACCUCCCCACGCAUCUCGGACUUCACAGAGCGCAUUCUGUUGCAGCUGAAGCCUCUGACUGAAGGUGAUGAGGAGAUCCAGAACCAUGUUGUUGAGGAGAAUGAGGUGGGGGAGCAGGAUGAGAGGACCCAGGCAAUCAAACUGCUCAAAACAGUGUUGAAGUGGCUCAUAGCCAGUGCUGGGCGCUCCUUCUCUACUGCUGUCCCAGAACAGCUGCAGUUGCUUCCCCUGCUCUUCAAGAUUGCUCCAGUUGAAAAUGAUGACAGUUAUGAUGAGCUGAAGAGAGACGCCAAAACCUGCCUGUCUCUGAUGUCCCAGGGGCUCCUCUACACAGAACAGAUCCCCAUGGUCCUCAGUGCCCUGCAGGAGAUUGCUGGCAGUAGCUCCUGGCAUGCUCGCUACACGGUGCUGACAUACCUCCAGAUUAUGGUCUUUUACAACCUGUUCACCUUCAUGAGUGACCAAAAAGCAGUCAAUGAUGUCCGAGCUCUGGUAAUACGCCUGCUUGAGGAUGAGCAGCUGGAGGUCAGAGAAAUGGCUGCUACCACUCUCAGUGGCUUCCUUCAGUGCAAUUUUCUGUCCAUGGACGCCCCCAUGCAGGCACACUUUGAGGCUCUCUGCAAGACUUGCUUGCCUAAGAAGAGGAAGAGGGAGCUGGGAUCUGUAGUAGACACCAUACCCUCUGCCGACCUGGUACGGCGCCAUGCAGGUGUGCUUGGGUUGAGUGCAUGUAUUCUCUCCAGCCCGUAUGAUGUACCCACCUGGAUGCCUCAGUUAUUGAUGGACCUGAGUGCCCACCUCAACGACACCCAACCCAUUGAAAUGACUGUGAAGAAAACUCUGUCUAACUUCCGGCGGACUCACCAUGACAACUGGCAAGAACACAAGCAGCAGUUCACAGAUGACCAGCUGUUGGUUUUGACUGACCUGCUCGUCUCACCCUGUUAUUAUGCCUAGACCUGGUACAUCAUUUUCACCUUUGACUUUUCAUCCACAGCAUGAACACACUAUUCUAGAAAAGUGAGGUCGCACAAACAUUCAACUUAAACUUUACUGAUGAUGAUCAGUGUUUGUCUUUAGGGCAAGAUAUAACUGGAGGGAGGGAUAUUUUUUUCCCUUGUAAAAGAGACAUCUCCUUGAGCCGCCUUUUUUAUACAUUUUUCCCCUUUUACAUCAGUUUGGGUUAUCCUCAGACUGCACCCACACCAGCCUGCAUGAAGGAAGAGGCCCCAGGUCCUGACAGAAGAUUGGCAGAGUGCUGCACCCUGGAGACAGAGUGGCAUGCAUAAGGACUGAAGAUUUAUGUAUUUAGGUCUCAUUUACAUUUCUACUAUACUUAAUAUUUAAGGUUCAAUCAUAGCAGGGAUGACUGGCCUGCAGUUUGUAACAUUUCUGUACAGUUUUUUUUUUUGUUUUUUUUUUAGUUUGUUUGCUUAGUGUGGUAAAGUGCAUGGGUGUGUGUGUGCGCGCACGUAUGCGUUUGUGGGGUGCUUGAAGACAUCUGCGGGUGUCCCACAGGUCUCAGGAUUAUAUCCCGAGUAUCAACUCUGAGCCAACACAUUGUCCAGCAGAGGACAUACUCUUUGCUAUCUUCCAAUAGUGAAGUGUUUGUUAUUAGCCAGAGAGUAGGACUAUUGCACAAUAGUCUUCUUUAGGUUAGACUCUAACCUGGAACACACACAAUGUUUGUGUGGCAGUUUGAUCUAUAUAUGAUUAUAUGCAUCAUGUAUGUGUAUAUAACAUGGUAUAGCAAACAUUCACAAACAUAUUUAUUUAUUUAUUUAAUUUUUUUUCUCUUUUGAAGUGCUAAUGUUUUAAUUUUCAUAGAAAGUGUUGCAGAGAUUCUGAGUAGAUUGCUGAGCUUUUAGCAGUGGAAUUUGCUUUAAUCUUCUCUUGCAUAGAAAGGGAGAGAGAAAGCUCCCCGAUGCUGUGCUGUGAAAUUUUUGCUGUGUGAAUCUUAGCACAGUUCAAUUAUCAUGGCAUGUGUCUCAAUGCAAGGAAACAACUGAACUGCCUGUCCAGAAUUGUGAUCGAGAAUUGUGAUCUGUUCCCUUUGGUCCUUGGUAUCAGUUACCUUUUUUUUUUUUUUUUUUUUUUUUUUUUUUCUAAAAUCCAGUGAGAUAUUAUUUCAGUUUGAUUUUUUUUUUUUUUUAAUCCCUGAAGACUUGAAACCAGUCCAAUUGAAGCAUUUAGUACCUCACUUACAUAUAGUGUAGUGCCAAAACUGCAGUGAUUUUUUUUUCUUUUUCUUUUUUAGAUGUAAUGUUUGCUUAUUGAAUGAAGUAAAAUAAUAAACUUUGUUUGUAACAAAA